AGCUGUGAGAUUUGGAUACUGUAGGUUUGUUUUUUUUAUUAAAAAGUUUCAAAAAGAUGUCGAGUCUCAGUCAGGAACUAAAGCGCUGGGCUAUUGAAGAACUUGACUUGCCAGCUGCCAGACUCCCGGAUGACGCCUAUAUGAAGACAUUAUGCGUCGGUCCUGGAGCUUCCAUUUGGAAAUAUAUAACGCAACAUGUUUAUAAAGAGAGGAAUGUUCGGGUCAUGAGGGGGAAUGUUCAAUGGUACAAACUUUUACAAGAUAAAGAGUUUAAACAGUUGAAAAAUCAGAAUAAAGAUGCAAGAAGGCUUGAGCUUCAGAGAGAGAUUAAUGCCCUGCAGACUGAACUCCUUCAACUGGACACAAAGAUCAGUAGAGUGGAGGAUCAACUUGCUACUGAAGAGCAGAACGUGAACAGGAACUGGGAGGACUUUAUGGAGAGCAGGUGCAGACAGAUCCUGUUGGAGUCUUUCAGGCAGCGCUGCUCUGAGGAGAGAAACGUGCUGUUAGAGGACACACGCAUGAUUGGCACCCAACGCCAUGCCCUGGAAGAGUUGUCCAAGAAAGCAGAGGUGAACCUUGUGUUUGGGCCAUCUGACAAUUCAGACAAUGGAGCUGGAGCAGAUCCCUUAGUUUUAAAGAAUGUUAGAGAGCUCUGCAGCGAGAGGGUUCACUUUUUCCAGUGCCUGCUAGAGAGUGAACUUAAAGCAAAUCCCUCCACUGAAUUUACUCAUGAUCAAAGGAAUGCUGUGAUCCAGCACUGGAUGAGUGCAGUGGAGAACCUCCUACGGUCUCAUCCUCCAAACCAAGUGCUUUUGGCUCUGCAAGCCCUGACCUCCAGACAGCAGGUGGUGUUAGAGAAGAAGAUCGCAGCUUUAAAUGUGGAGCGUGACGUUUCGGCUCUAGGGUUUCGUUAUGAGCGUGAUCACCUAAUAGAUGUGUCGUCAGAGCAGGAGGAGUUAACACCUGUCUGUAGUCUAUUACAGUCUGCCUGGGAGGAAGUGGAGCAGAGUUAUUUUGAAUUGUCUCAGACUCAUAAAAGACAUUUGCAGCUGGAGACUGAAAUCGUAGCUUUGAUGAGAAAAGCAGAGACGGCACACGAAACAGACCCAAUGUCCAGGUGUGUGUUUGAAUUGGAGAUGGAGGGAGUGAAGCAAGUGGCAGUUCGAGACAGCAUCAGAGAGCAGUGCGCACAUCUACAGCUGCAGGCCAGAGAGGGGCUGGACUCCAUCAGGACCCUGCAGACACAGUGGCAAAGUGUCAUGGACUUCAGACAGCUUGUGGACAGGAGACAAGAACAGAUACGGAGCCUGAUCAAGGGAAACUCCUCCGUGAAGACUGAGUUAAGCCGUGUCCAUGCAAAGGUUGGACAGUUUGUUCAGGAAAAGCUCAAUCCUCAGUUUUCCAGUGUGAUUGAAGCCAGCAGUGGACUCCGCAACUCUGUGUCACAAGGGGCCAAGCACUUUAGCGGUGUAUCACUGGCUGCACUGGAUUGCAGAGUCAUGAAGGGGGGGCAGCAACUACUAGCAGCUCAGCUUUCGAUCCACCGGAUACAGUCCCCAGUUUUCCUCAAACUCUGUGAAAGUCUGUCAUUCCGCAUGUAUAUGGCCCCAGAGGAGCUUUGGUCUCAGGCAGCAGCCCGACGGCUGGAGUUACGAUAUCUGUGCAGGCUUCUUCAGCUUUUCUCAGAGUCAACAUCAGACCUGCAGAAGCUGACAACACAGCUUCCAUCUCCCGAUCAGCAGACUUUGCUGCAGCAUGUGAAGACUGUUGACGGAGAGAUUCUGCAGACGUUGCUCCCGCGGGCCCGUGAGCUCACUCAGAGGUGCUCUAAAGGCCUGCUUUACUCAGAACAAGUGAAGACUGCCAUCACACACUGGUGGGAGCAGCCUGGUCAAUUUGCCCUGCCAGACAUGCAGAGAGAGGGACUGACAUUCCAACAGUGGCUUCAGCGGUGGAAACUGGCAACAAAGGAAUCCUGAUUUAUUUCUGCAUUUGAGAGCAAAGUUUACAAGCAACUUUAUCUGUAUAAUUUACAUUUCACUUACUUUCAAUUCACUUUUUGCAGCCAUUAAUAUUCCUUCACUAUAUUCCAUUUGUGUUUGAGAGCACAUCCUGUUUAAGAAAUAUUUUAUGAACUUUUACUGGAUUUGUCAAUAAAUAAUCUAAUAGAC